ACUCUCUCGGUCCUGUAGGGGCUGUGGCUUGAUGCCUGACGCCCUUGGGUGUUGAAUGAGCGGCAUCAUGCUAUGCAAUCUCUGCGUUGCCGAAGAGGACUGGAGUGUGCCGACCUCUUUCUGCAGGUCCGCCGGCACGCCUCAUCAGAGUGCCCGAAUGCGAAAGGUUGCCGAGCCUGCAGACGCGUACUGGGCUUGCACUUGGGCCCAUUGGAACGCACGCGCCUGCGGGAGGCAUUCCGACAGGCGGCGUGGCAGCACCACCCCGACUCAGCUUCGAAGCUUGCGGGCGCCAACUUUGCAGAGCUCCGUCGCUGUUACGAGAUGCUGCUGCACUGCUGCGGCAAGAUUUCAGAGGGAGGCUCAAAAUCAGACCUGGCAAAGUGGCUGGAGGAUCGGCAGACAGCGACCGUUGAGAUUGUCAAAAGGUCGCGACAAGGACGUGUCGCCCGCCAAAGCGCUGGCUUAGUAGGGUGCCCCAAAGCCUGGGACGCGCGCCUCUCAGCUGCCCGAACAAAGGUACACGGCCCAGAAGCAUUGGAGGUGGUGUUGGACAUUGACCUUCCCAGUGAGUUGCCACGGUUCUUGUGGACAGCGGCAGCUGAACAAGGAAUCGGGCCACUGACUGGACGCGGCUUGAGAUUUUGCGGAUCCUAUCGUCGGGGGCAAGACUUUAACGCUGCAGCGUCGUAUGUGAAUCGCUUCGGCUUUUAUCUUUUCUGGAGCCAGCUCUUCAGUGACUGGAAGAUUGCGAAUCGAUUGUCUGAGAAAGGUGCCUGUACAGCUUUUGUGGAUGGUGGGCGAGACAAGCCUCCUUGGUCUGCCAUGCAGAACGGACGUGUUGCGACGUUGCAGUGGGCAGUUUGGGAUCCAUCCACUGAAAGCUUUGCCAAGCAGCCAGUGCUGGUGAGGCCGCUUUGAUGCUGAAGUAGCAGCAGAAAAAGACACAUGCUGGAGCGGCCUUUGCACCGUGCC